GAGAAGAAGGAAGGAAAAGAAGAGGAACCCAGAGGAGCAGAGGAGGAAACGCAAGGCAGCCCGGCAGGCGAAGAGGACGGCACCCCGGCGGCAGCACCGGGAGGCCAGAGUGGGGACCCGCGCUGCCCCCGCCGCCCCUCGGAUGGUGACGGGGCCCCGCCGCGGCCGCAGCCCCCCCGCGCCCCGGCCCCGCAGGCCCGCAGCGCCGGAGCCCCGCAGGAACCAUGCCCAGGUCCUUCCUGGUCAAGAAGGUCAAACUUGACACGUUCUCCUCGGCGGACCUCGAGAGCUCCUACGGGCGCGCCCGCAGCGACCUCGGAGUGCGGCUGCACGAGAAAGGAUACCUCAGCGACUACGCGGGGCCCGCCUCCGUCUACGAUGGCGAUGCCGAGGCGGCCUUGCUCAAAGGGCCGUCCCCAGAGCCCAUGUACGCGGCGGCCGUGCGCGGAGAACUGGGCCCGGCGGCCGCGGGCUCGGCACCGCCGCCCACCCCGCGCCCAGAGCUGGCCACGGCCGCGGGCGGCUACAUCAACGGCGACGCGGCCGUCAGCGAGGGCUACGCGGCUGACGCCUUCUUCAUCACCGACGGGCGCUCGCGCCGCAAGGCCGCCAGCGCCGCGGCUCCCUCCACGGCCUCCGCCGCGGCCGCAGUGGCUCCCGACUGCGACGGCGGAGGCGGGGCCGGGGCGGGCGCGCGCGGCGCGGGGUCUGGGGCCGCGGGCCGGGGCGGCGCGCGCGCGGGGGUGAGCGCGGAGGCGCGCGCGGGGCCCGGGGCCGGCGGCGCAGGGGGCCGGCACGCGUGCGGCGAGUGCGGGAAAACGUACGCCACGUCGUCGAACCUGAGCCGCCACAAGCAGACGCACCGCAGCCUGGACAGUCAGCUGGCGCGGCGCUGCCCGACGUGCGGCAAGGUGUACGUGUCCAUGCCGGCCAUGGCCAUGCACCUGCUCACGCACGACCUGCGCCACAAGUGCGGCGUGUGCGGCAAGGCCUUCUCGAGGCCCUGGCUGCUGCAAGGCCACAUGCGCUCCCACACCGGCGAGAAGCCCUUCGGCUGCGCGCACUGCGGCAAGGCCUUCGCAGACCGCUCCAACCUGCGUGCGCAUAUGCAGACGCAUUCGGCCUUCAAGCACUUCCAGUGCAAGCGCUGCAAGAAGAGCUUCGCGCUCAAGUCCUAUCUCAACAAGCACUACGAGUCUGCAUGCUUCAAGGGCGGCGCUGGCGGCGGCGGCCCCGCGGCCCAGGCGCCCGCCGCCUCGCCGCAGCUCAGCCCCGUGCAGGCCUAGGGCGGCGGGGCCUCCGCCAGCCCAGCCGGGUCGGCUCUCAGCAGCAAUACAGGCCCCCAGGGAAGUCUCCGCCAGCGCCCGGGCGGGGGGGCCGGAGGGCGGGCCCCUCCUCACAGCAAUAGAGGGAGGGGGCCCGGCCCCGCCCCGCCCGCCAGGGGCCUUGUCGGCCCCUUCAAGCAAUAGGGUCCUGAGGGGAGACCCACCCCGAACCCCCUCCCUUCCCCUCCAGGGUGCCCCAGGCUUUUUCCCAGCAAUAGGGUCGAGGAGACCCAGAACCGAACCUCAUCUCCGAGUUAGGUCUCUGAAGACGGGGGUGGGGUGAGGUGGGGAGCACCCCCCUCCUCCCUCCUCUGCGCCCCUGGAUCGCGUCGCAGAGACUCAGGUCUUCCCCACCCCUUCCCCAAGCCUUCCAAGGGCCAGGCCUGCGGCCUAGACGUCCAGGGAGCAGACCCGGGGAGGAGCAGGAGGGAGGGGCCUGCAGAGGCAUCCCUACUCCUCGGUCUUCGCUGAACCCCAGGAGUGAUAGACGCGUUGGGGGUCGGGGAGAGAGGCGGACGGCGGCACCCCUCUCCCUCGGGUUCUUUCUGGGGCCUCAGUCCAAGCCGCUCUCCCACCCUCGCCCCGCAUCCUCUGCCAAAUCCGAAUUCUUCCAGCCCAGCUUCCCGGGCUCUGUCCUUCAUAACGAAUAAUAAUGACGCAUAUCGAAUCGCAUGGACUUAUCCGACCUCCUCAGACCCCACUCCCGCCCUGCCCCGGGGCCCCUUCCCUCGUCCCCGGGCAUUCGGUGUUGGAGGACGGAUCCUGGGGCCCGGCAGGCAGGCCUGGGCACGGCCCAUUACACACCUCUCUGUAUUCGCUUUGCGGGUAAAGCCCCCUGGGGGGGUUGCGGAUGCGUCGGG